CAGCUAAAUAUGCCAACCUUUUCCCCAUGAUAUCGGAAUCAAGGUCGGAGGUCGAUGUUACCGUCAAUGCAGGACUUUCCGGUAGAUUCCUCGUCACAGCCUUUCCAACAAUUUAUCACCUCACUCCACUUGCAAUUCCACAUGAAAUCCAUACUGGAAUCACUGCUAUUCAUCUCCAGGAAACUCUCGGACUUCUAGUUACCAGUGGCCAUAAUCGUGUGAUUAUGAUUUGGGAUGUUCGAAGUGUUUGCUCCGCUCUUUCUGGAUCACAAUAGACAAUUACUUCUUCUACUUCUUGAAUGUCUCAUAAUUCUUCUUAUUUUUAUCUAAUUUAUUGCUUCUCCUUUCUACUUUGUAUAUUAACUCCCAAAAACGCCCAUUCUUCCCCAAAACCAUCUUAAACUUACCAAUAUUUCCCGAUACCCCUGACAGGUUAUCCUGAAUAGUGAUUGUGAUUCUCAAAUUUCUUCUAAUCCCGUUAAUUCCCCAAAUAUUCGAAUGUAACUUUUUUUGGAAUUUUUUUGUUUUCUAGUUUAUAAAUAAACAAUAUGUUUGAAAA